CUCUAAGUUAAUGAUUUUUUUUCCAAUAAUAUACGUACGUCAAUUACUGUCCACUUAUGUUGGAUAAACCAGUAUUUAAUUGCGAAUAUUGUUGUUAUUAUUAUUAUAUUACCCAAAAAAUGAAAAAAUUAACACAAAAAAUUGAAAGAAUAAUAAUAAUAUAAACCGACAUUAGGAGGAGGAAAGGAAAUUGGGGUUUUUCUUGCAGGAGGGGUCGAUAAUACUAAUCGUAGCGAUAAUAUCGGCAACAUCACCCACGCGGGCCUCCAUCCCUUAACCCUUCCUCUUUCGCCUAUAUAUUCUUUCUCUUCUCUUCCCCCUUUUCCCCCAUCCUCUGUUUUCUCCGGUUUUUUUUUUCGCUUUUCACUCUCAAAACCCAUUUACUGUUCUUCAUUUCCUCCCCGCUAUUAGUCAUGUCGGCCUACAACGGCAAGUAUACCGAGGAGCUGAUUAAGACUGCAGCUUACAUUGGUACGCCUGGUAAGGGUAUCCUUGCUGCUGAUGAGUCAACUGGCACAAUUGGCAAGCGUUUGUCCAGCAUCAAUGUGGAGAACAAUGAGUCUAACAGGAGGGCUCUCCGUGAACUCCUUUUCACCACCCCUGGUGCCCUUGAGUGCCUCAGUGGAGUUAUCCUCUUUGAGGAAACUCUCUACCAAAAGACUGCUGCUGGCAAGCCUUUUGUUGAUGUCUUGAAGGAAGGUGGAGUCAUCCCGGGAAUCAAGGUUGAUAAGGGUACAGUUGAUCUCCCUGGUACCGAUGGUGAGACCACCACCCAGGGUCUUGACGACCUUGCCAAGCGCUGCCAGGAAUACUAUUCUGCCGGUGCCAGAUUUGCCAAAUGGCGUGCCGUGCUCAAGAUUGGACCCAAUGAACCAUCCCAGCUUGCUAUUAAUGAGAAUGCUAAUGGACUGGCCCGAUAUGCUAUCAUCUGCCAGCAGAAUGGUUUAGUACCAAUUGUUGAGCCUGAGAUACUUGUGGAUGGUUCUCAUGACAUCGACAAGUGUGCUGAUGUCACUGAGCGGGUUCUUGCUGCAUGUUACAAGGCAUUGAAUGAUCACCACGUCCUUUUGGAGGGUACUCUCUUGAAGCCCAACAUGGUGACUCCUGGAUCCAAAUCCGCCAAGGCUACUCCAGAAAAGAUUGCUGAGUACACCGUCCGGGCAUUGCAGCGCACCAUGCCUCCUGCUGUCCCUGCAGUAGUAUUCUUGUCUGGCGGCCAAAGUGAGGAAGAAGCUACACUCAACCUUAAUGCCAUGAACAAGCUUCAGACCAAGAAACCAUGGUCCUUGACCUUCUCCUUUGGACGUGCACUGCAGCAGAGCACCCUCAAGACUUGGGCUGGAAAGACAGAGAACCUGCAGAAGGCUCAGGCUGCAUUCCUUGCUCGGUGCAAAGCCAACUCUCAGGCCACUCUGGGGAAGUACGAAGGUUCCAGUGUGCCUGCAGAGGCUCUUGAGAGCCUUCACGUCGAGGGCUACAAGUACUAAGUCAGUUUUGUUAUAUUCUAGUCUCUCUUAUUACCUUGUUUUUUGAGAAGAGUACGAUUCUGGCAGGCUCUUAGGUUUCUUGUGAACUUUCUAAAUAGCUUGUGGUUAGCACACUGGCUUUUGUAAUAAGCUUGAGAACUAGGGUCCUCUUAAUGUGGGGAUGGUAUGGUUGCUUUAUGUUUCAUGUUGGUUUUUCUUGUUUUCUAAAGAUUGCCUUUCCAAACUCAAGUCGAGCAUGGUUUUAUGAUCAAUUGAAUUGUGAGAUAUGAUCAUGAGGAAGAGAUCUUCAUAUAGAAUAUUCCUUUUUUUUUGAAGUUAUUGCUGCCUGAAAAACUUGUCUACUACCUGAAAUACCUUUAAUUGGAUUGCUAUGGUCCAUGACAAAUCUGUUUUUGAGCUUGGUCUUUGGCUGUAUAUGUCUUUAUGAUGGACCGCUUGUUUUGUUGAUCUCGUGGGGAGUGGGAAAUGAAUUUUCUUCGCAAAUGACCUGUUUCUUUUGUCCUUGCUCUUUUUGUACGAGUGUUAUGCUUCUGGAUACCUACGUAGGACUGAUGUGGAAGGGAAAGUGUGACUGUGAGUUGUGACUAGGACUUGGAGAGAAAAGUGUCAAAUCUCAUUUUCUGAACAAAAGAUCUGUCCCAAUAAUCAAAACUAUUGUCUUCAAGAGGAUAAUUUGAAAUUUAAUAGAAAUUUGUCCAAGAAUGAAAAUCCAAAUUGGACA